CGCAUGCGCGGGCAGAGAGCGGGCUGGUGCGGGCCGGGCCGGGCGGCCGCUCCCCUCGCUGGCAGAGCUCGCUAAGAUGGCGGACUUCCUGCCGUCCCGCUCCGUGCUGUCGGGCUGCUUCCCCGGCUGCCUGCUCACCAGCGGCGAGGCCGAGCAGCAGCGCAAGUCCAAGGAGAUCGACAAGUGCCUCAACCGCGAGAAGACGUACGUGAAGCGCCUCGUCAAGAUCCUGCUGCUGGGCGCGGGCGAGAGCGGCAAGUCCACCUUCCUCAAGCAGAUGCGGAUCAUCCACGGGCAGGACUGGGACCGGGCGGCCCGGGAGGAGUUCCGAGCCACAAUCUACAGCAACGUGAUCAAGGGUGUGAGAGUCCUCGUGGAUGCCAGAGAGAAACUCCAUAUCCCCUGGGGAGACCCUGCGAACCAGAGUAACGGAGAUACCAUGAUGACUUUUGAUACGCGGUCAGUGACGGUGGUGCAAGGCAUGGUGGAGACAGCAGUUUUUUUACAGUAUCUCCCAGCCAUAAGAGCUCUCUGGGCGGACAGUGGUAUCCAGCACGCGUACGACAGGCGCAGAGAGUUCCAACUGGGGGAGUCUGUAAAGUAUUUCUUGGACAACUUGGAUAAACUUGGAGAACAAGAUUAUCUUCCCUCACAGCAAGAUAUACUGCUGGCACGAAGACCCACAAAAGGGAUCCACGAGUACGACUUUGAAAUAAAGAAUGUUCCUUUCAAAAUGGUUGAUGUAGGCGGCCAGAGGUCAGAACGGAAACGUUGGUUCGAGUGCUUUGACAGCGUCACAUCGAUACUCUUCCUUGUUUCCUCAAGUGAAUUUGACCAAGUGCUUAUGGAGGAUCGGCAAACGAAUCGCCUUACGGAAUCCCUGAACAUUUUUGAAACAAUAGUCAAUAAUCGGGUUUUCAGCAACGUCUCUAUCAUUCUCUUCUUAAAUAAGACGGACUUGCUUGAGGAAAAAGUACAGAAAGUGAGCAUCAAAGACUAUUUUCCAGAGUUUGAAGGGGAUCCCCACUGCUUAACAGAUGUCCAAAAAUUCCUGGUGGAUUGUUUUCGUACUAAACGCCGGGACCAGCAGCAGAAGCCCCUCUACCACCACUUCACCACUGCUAUUAACACAGAAAACAUCCGGCUAGUGUUCCGUGACGUCAAGGAUACCAUCCUGCACGACAACCUCAAGCAGCUCAUGUUACAGUGAUGUGCAAAGACAUUGUCAUUGGAGUAACUUUUGUGUGUUGUGGGUUUUUUUUGUAUCUAGAAGUUUACAGCAGGAGUAGAGAAAUCCAGAUCCUGUCAGACUUCUUGAUAUCUGGCUAAAAGCUGCUGCUGAACACAUUAUUGCCAAUUUCUGCAGAAAUUCAGGCUUAAUCUCUUCCAGUGUAGCUUCAAGUCGACUCAUAGCAGACCUAUGUCUAAAUUACCUGUAAAGUGAUAAAUUUGACCUUUCAAGAACAUGCAUAUUAUCCUAGAAAAUUAAUUCCACCUUCAGAAUUCCCAGUCCAGACUUCAAUGAAAUUGUUGCAAUUGUUAAACUGUGGCAGUAAUUUAAGAGGAGGAGAAACUUCCCAUCUAACUUCAUCAUGAAGACUGUGACACCAUAGCUGACUUAUGAUUUCUCAGGUCUAUUGUUGGUUAGAAAUCCCAUAAAUCCCUUGCUGGAACCAAGUGUUUGAAGCUACAAUUCCUGGGCGUAACGUACAUCCCGUUUAAGUAUAAAUCUUUGCGUGAGUUUUGACUAGGAGAUGCUUUAAAAAUACUUAAAUUGGGAGCUUCAGAUGUACCUGGCAGGCAGUACUGACGCAGGCAGACGUCUGGUGAUGAGGAAUUAAUGGCACAGUACGCAGUUUCACUCUCUGGCGUUGUCCGUAUGUCCUGCAGCCGUGGGCAAAGCCCAGAGCGCUGGCGUACGGUCCUCUGGAAAUUCUCAUGUGGGAAGGGGGAGCAAGCGCCGAACUGGUAUUUCUUAUCUUCACUAGCCAGAUGUUGCAUGGAGGUACCUUACCUGCUCUGGAAGAGCUUUAAUAUAGCACCGGUUUAUUUUUAUUUCAUGACUUCUUACAGCGUGCCUCAUCUUAACCAUUUUGGUGACGGGUAGAAGUACUUGCAAACCUAAGUGCCUCCUUAUGUUCUGUCCUACGAUAUUUCAGUGGCCUUAUUUGAGCGUCUGUGUUCCCAGCAGAGGCCUUGUGUACCUGGCACGGUGAGCUGAAUGUUUUCUUCUGAAGAAAAGAACGUGUCACGGCAGAACGCGCCUCAGCCGAUGAGGCUCUUUCUGCGACUUUCCAAGUGGGUCUAGAAAUCCUAAGUGUACUUGAGCCAAAUAGGUUGCACGGCAUAUUCCAGAAUGCUGCUUGUGACUAAGAAUAUUUUACCAAAAGUUCCAUUGCAGUGUCAUUUUAUUUUUUAGGGGGGGGGGUGUUACUGUUGCCAUGUAAGUAAAAAAAUAAUAAUAAUAAUAACAAAACAUACUUCUUGCCCAGAAGUCCUCAUACACCACGCAGCAUAUUACAAAAUGAGAAGAAGCUGUGAGCUUGUGUUUUGAAAAGCCGAAUUCCCCCCGGCCUGUCAUGUGUAGGUAGUGCAGCUGUGCCCCGUGGAACCGGCCCAUUCCUGUGGAUCGUCGUGCUGGCCAGUGCGUUCUCGGAUGAGUUUUUAUUACCGUACCGCGUGUGCGGCAGCGGUGACACAACACUCACUGCUGGAACAUAGGAAAGCUGCCUGGCUUCUGACCUUAGCCCUUUACUUACUGUGAUUGUAAGUUGCAUUAACAUCUCUGUACCUCGUUCUCCUGCCAGUAGAAGGGGAAUAGUGUAUUUUUAUUUAGUUAGGUGCUUGAAAGACCUCUUUUUCUUUUUUUUUUUUUUUUAAAUAUCAUCCAAUGAGUAGUCAUAGAUUAGUCUGCAAUUUCCGUGAUAAGGCACUAUUUUGGGUGGAAAGAAUUCUGAAAAGAGCUUGGGAGAAGUCACAGUGCAUAGUUGAAACAUCAGCAGAGAGUCUGGGUGCAAGACUGAUGACAGGAUGAUUAAUAUCAUCUUUAGAUGGGGAUAUUUAAUGUGGAUUUUGCCUCCUUACUGGACAUGGAUAUGAUUACUUCUGGUUUGAUGUCUUCAGGUCAUAAGUGAGCAAUUCAAGAAGGAUGGUGAGGUAGAGGCCUCAAAAAAGUCUGGUGAGGCUAUUUAAAGGAUUGGACCAGGUGCCUGCGGUGGGGGUCAGAAGUUCUCCAUGUCCCUCUUUGGGGAAGGGUGACAGGUUGAAUUGGUUGAGCUAUAAAUGCUGCAGGAACAGACACCGAACCUGUCCCGUGGCCUCCAAGUCCACUGCUGGAAGCACAACCUGAACAAAUCCAGGCCCUUGUUACCAACAAGAGGAGCAGUAGGUUUGUUUUGUUCCAGUGCUGACAGUUGUCUGAACAAGUUUCUUCAUUUGAAGAGAGACUUAUCUCUGCUCUGAUUAAAAUAAUUAAUUUGGAGAGCAUCUGUAGUACGUGUUUUGCAGGGUGUCAGAUAGAUGAUUGCAGAAAAAAAGACUAAAGACUGGAGAGGGGAUGAUAUGAAGAUCACCAGGAAAUUGUCUAAGCAGAUUAGUUUAUGUAAAAUAUCGAUGAAUUUUGUGUCAAGGGACCUGUUAAUUUACUGAAGAUCCUCAAAACUGAUGUCAGUCCAAGGAUAUAGUCAGCACACCGAGGGGAAAAUAUCAGCAGGCUUCUCCCCUGAACAAACACACACACACAAGCAUGGGCUUAAUCCUUUCAGAUGACUUUCCUGUGAGCACCAGGGCUGUGAGGUGACGGGGGGACCCCGCGAUGCUGGGUCACUUUGGACGGAGUGGGCCCUGGUAGAUAAGCACUAUAUGAAUCUCAGGCAGAAAUGAGUUAUUUUAAGGAAUUGACUGAGUCGAAUCACUUGCGUUUCCCACUCCACUUCUUUAGAGGGGUGAGGCAAUGAACCUUGAUGUAAGUGUUUACACGGUUCCUAUGUGAACAGACCAGCCAAACAAACCGAAUCAGCAUUGGGCUUUUCUAUCUUCAGAAUGACUCUUCAUGAGCCACCUGAAAAGGAGCACAGCACAUACUGGUGUAUUGCUUUCGAGAUUUUUUUCUAAAUAUGAUUUCUUUAUAGCAGGUUGUAAUUUUGGUACAAGAGCUGAAGGAUUGAUGUUUUGAACAGACUGAUUUUUAUGCUGUAGCAAACUAAUGAGUCACAGUUGGUUAAGAGUGAAGCUUGUUUGUGCAAACCAGUCUGUGGUACAAGGUCAGCAUGUAUUUCCAGUGAGAGUGGGAAAGCGGGUAGAAAUUCAAGUUUCCCAAAACUUUCUUGUUUCUCUUCAGUGGAGUGAGCUCUGCUAAAUAGAUCCCUGACCAUAUGGAGAUAUAAGGAGAUACACUGUCUCCUACAGCCUUCCUGUACUCAGAGGUGAAAUUGGUGUUUUAGCAACUGUUCCUGCUGCAGGGUGUUAAACCGAGUUGAUCGAUACCCAAAAACUGUGGCUGUUCAUCAGGGCUUUGCAAAUUUCACUUUUUCAAUACAUUGUACAUGGGAGCAUAAGCCAUCAGUUUGUGUAAAACUGAAGCUUUCUUCUAGAAUAUCUGCUCUAAAAAAAAAAAAAAGGAGGGGUUCCUUGAUCUCAAAGGCUGUAUAUUGGACUCAUUUGUCUAGUAAGUAGCUUUAAAUGUUGCCCAUCAGAAUUAUUGUAGCAAGUUGCUCGAUGAGGUGGGUGUUUCAAGCGUGGUGACACUUGGCUGGUACCGAUGUUUGCCAUCAGUCCCGGGCGGUUUGGUCUACCCGCAGCUGCUCGGCGUGCUCGGCGUGGCCAUCGCCGGGACGGCUCCUCCGUUCUUUCUCUUUCAGGACGGUUGCAGAAGGUUCAUUUUCCAACAAUCACAUUUCCUGUUGCAAAACGAUCCGAAGUUUCAUGCCGUACCGAAUUGUGCACGAGUUAACUUUACAGGUCUUGUCUAUUUGAUGGUACCAUUAACAUAGUUGUUUUUUUGAAUUACACAGCAUUGCAAUCCAGUGCCAUUUUGCAAUUUCUUUGCAUUGUACUUGAAAAUAAGUUGAAUUGCAGACUAUUUAAAACCGCUUUCCUGCGCUUUCAGUAGCAGUGAGAGCUUACCUUACGUGAAGCCUUUCUGUAAAAAUAUAUUUUGUAACAACCUCAUAGAUCUUUAACAAAACCCAGAUUUGUAUUAGCUUUGUAUAAAUGUUUGUGGCUUACAAUUUUAUAUGUUUAACUUUUUAUAAACUUUCCAGGGACUACUUUUUAUUGUAAAUUUUUUUUUCUCUUUGCUUUAGUUUAAGAUUGGCAAUAAAUUAUUUCUAAGGGAGGUCUUAGAAGAAAAAGCAUCACUUCCUUUUUAUAAAACGGUUAAAUUGAUUAAUAGUUUCAAACCUCUUACGCUCGCUUGUACAUUGCUCUGUACAUACUCUCCAAAAGUGUUGCCUUUCAGCUAUUAAUAUUUGCCUUGUGUACAAAAAUUACUGACGAUGAAUAAACAUAUACAGCCUCAA